UGUCUCGUCCUCCGUCUGAACAUGGCUAUAUCUGUUGUUGUUUUUGUGUUGGCUCUCGCUUCCCUGAGUGCUGCAGCUGCACCCGACUGUAAGGAUUUGAUCAAGCCUGUUUUGCCAGAGGACCCCAAACUGGUUUUUGGUAAAUGGGUGUAUGUAAUGGGAGCUGGUGACCCCAAGCAGUACCACAAAGCACUGGAGUCUCUGAAAAGCUCCUGGAUAGAGUUGUCACCCACGACUCAAAGUCAAGUUAUGACAUUACGUUGGGGAGACCACUGCUUUGAUCGAUGUCUCAUGGGGGAGGUGAAUGCAACAGUCUCAGGACUCGCCACCACGUUCAGAAAGAAUCUGUCAGACCAUAAAGGACAUAUUCUGCAGACUUGCUCUGACUGCCUGCUGUGGACUGAUACCUUUCGAAACGGGGAUGCCACCGGUAGAUUCAUCCUACAGUUCACUAGGACAGGAAAAAUAGAUCCCAAAGAUGUUGAAAUCUUCAAGAAACAAGUCGGUUGUCUGAAUUUCCCAGAGAACUUCCACAGCUUUGAUGGUAAAACAGAGCUGUGCCCUGAUGACAAAGACAGUGACCAGCAUUAAAAACAGAUGAAGACACAGCAACAUUUGCCUGAAGAAUAAAUAUGUAUACGAUGUUUUAGAAUUGUUCUUUAUGGAAUGAAUUAAUUCUAAUGAAUUAAUCUAAACAUUAGAUUUUUAUGAACAUCUUUUUUGAUUUAUAAAGUUGUGAAUGUACUUUUCAAACCUUACUGCAAUAAUGAUACAUAAUAGUAGUUAUUUUUUCAUUUAACAAAUCCGUGUCUUUAUCAUAAGUACUGUUUAUAAGAUUAAAACUUGAUUAUUGCAAUAAAGUUAAUAGCAACUUAAA